GGAAUUUUCUAAACUGGAGGCUUGUAGGGGCUGUUGAGGGGCUUCUGAUUACAGAUCGGCCGCGGGCGUCACCCUUCCUCUUCGCUGCUGGGGACCCUGCUCAGCUUCUAGGUCUCUGAAAAGUUUGGAUUUGAGGGGCACCUUACUGGGACAUGUUGUCCCCCAGGGAUCUUAAGAGGAAGAGGGGGGAGAUGACUGCUUGGACAAGGGUUGCGCUACUGCUGCCUUUGGCGCUGCUUCUGCCAGCCGUGCCCGGGGGCUGCCUGAGCCGGCAGGAGCUCUUCCCUUUUGGACCCGAGCAGGGGGACCAAGAGCUGGAAUCUGGGGAUGACUCCAUCUCCCCAGCCCUAGAGCUCCGUCUGCGGAUCCACUUCUAUGACAAAUACGAUGUCUCCUCCAUCUAUAUCACUACAAAUGGCCUCAUUGCCAUGAGUGAACCUCCUCUUGAAGAAGCCAGCCCUGGUCGAUUUCCACCUUCCUUUGGAGCUGUUGCACCCUUCCUGGCUGACCUUGACACGACAAAUGGUGGAAAAGUUUAUUAUCGGGAAGAUUCUUCCCCUGCUAUUAUUCAGCUAGCUGCAGAUUGUGUCCGAAAAGGUUUCCCUGAGGUCUAUUUCCAACCCCAGAGUGUGGUGGUGGUCACCUGGGAAUCCAUGGCUCCUUAUCAAGGCUCAGAAAGGGACCCUACCCAAGAAGGCAAGAGAAACACAUUCCAGUCUGUCUUAGCUUCCUCCGACUCCAGGACGUAUGCCAUUUUCCUUUACCCAGAAGAUGGUUUGCAGUUCUACACCACUCACUCCAAGAACGAUGAAAACCAAGUUUCUGCUGUGGUUGCAUUUAGUCAAGGCUCAGUGGGUUUCUUAUGGAGAAGUGAUGGUGCCUACAACAUAUUUGCUAAUGACAGAGAAUCCAUUGAAAAUUUGGUCAAGAGCAGCAAUGCAGGACGUCAAGGUGUCUGGGUUUUUGAGAUUGGGAGCCCUUCCACUGCCAGUGGUGUGGUGCCAGCUGAUGGCAGCCUUGGAUCUGAUGGAGCAGAAUAUGAAGAUGAGGAAGAUGAAGACUAUGACCUGGUGAGCGUGUCUGAGAGGUCCCUGGGCUUGGAGGAUGUGGGCACCACAAUUGACCCCUACGAUGUCCCCAGGAGGGGGGAUGAAGACACAUAUGAUUUGUUAAAUCCCAUCUCCCCACGUCACACCAGUACGGAGAGACCACCUCCAGAAGAACCUAUUGUGGUGGAUCAGUACCCGGAUCCUUCUACUAGGGGAACAAAUUCAUUCCUCUACCCAGCUGAAGGAUUUCCCCAGGAGCAUCCACAGGUCAUAGACGUGGAUGAAGUAGAGGAAACGGGGAUUGUUUUCAGGUACAACACUGAUUCUCGACAGACUUGCGCCAAUAACAGAUACCAGUGCUCCAUUCAUGCACAAUGCAGGGACUACCCAACAGGUUUUUGUUGCCAUUGUGCUGCCGGAUACACUGGAAAUGGUAGACAGUGUGUUGCAGAAGGUUCUCCCCAACGAGUUAAUGGUAAAGUUCGAGGAAGGAUCUUUGUAGGGAAUAGCCAAACUCCAAUUGUCUUCGAGAAUACUGACCUCCAUUCUUAUGUUGUGAUGAACCAUGGGAGAUCCUACACAGCCAUCAGCACCAUUCCUGAAUCUCUGGGUUAUUCUCUAGUACCUCUGGCUCCUGUGGGAGGCAUCAUUGGAUGGAUGUUUGCUGUUGAGCAGGAAGGAUUUAAGAAUGGAUUCAGCAUCACUGGAGGAGAGUUCACCCGUCAAGCUGAAGUGACCUUUGUUGGGCAUCCGGACAAGUUGGUUAUAAAGCAGAAAUUCAAUGGCAUUGACGAGCAUGGCCAUCUGACCAUCACUACGGAGUUGGAUGGACGUGUCCCUGAGAUCCCAUUUGGCUCCACUGUCCAGAUAGAACCCUACACUGAGCUCUACCAUUAUGCCAACUCUGUUAUCACAUCCUCUUCCACCAGGGAGUAUAAAGUGACUGAACCUGCUCAAGAUGGGAUCGCUUCUUCACGUACCUACACUUACCAAUGGAGGCAGACCAUUACCUUCCAGGAGUGCACUCAUGAAGAUCCUCGACAGCCCCUUCCUCCCACCCAGCAACUUUCUGUGGAUAGUGUAUUUGUCCUAUACAAUAAGGAAGAGAAGAUCUUGAGAUAUGCUUUGAGCAAUUCAAUUGGUCCUAUUGGGGAUGGCUCCCCUGACUCCCUUCAGAAUCCUUGCUACACGGGUACCCAUGGCUGUGACACAAAUGCAGCAUGCCGCCCAGGUCCAGGAAGUCAUUUCGUUUGUGAGUGCUCCAUUGGCUUCCGAGGAGAUGGACAGAGUUGCUAUGAUAUUGAUGAAUGCUCAGAGCAGCCAACAGCCUGUGGAAGCAAUGCCAUCUGCAAUAAUCACCCAGGAACCUUCCGUUGCGAGUGUAUCGAGGGCUACCAGUUUUCUGAUGAAGGCAUGUGUGUGGCUAUUAUUGAUGAUCGCCCUAUCAACCACUGUGCAACUGGACUCCACGAUUGUGACAUCCCCCAGCGGGCACAGUGCGUGUACACUGGAGGCUCCUCCUACCACUGUUCCUGUUUGCCUGGCUUCUUAGGAGAUGGGCACGCCUGCCAAGAUGUAGAUGAAUGCCAACAAAAUCGUUGUCAUCCGGAUGCUUUCUGUUACAACUCUCCGGGCUCCUUUGUUUGCCAGUGUAAGCCUGGAUAUCAGGGUGAUGGUUUCCAGUGUGUUCCAGGAGAAGUAGAGAAAACCAGAUGCCAGCGUCAAAGAGAACAUAUUCUAGGAGCAGUGGGUGCCACCGACCCAAGAUGGCCCAGACCUGUGGGGCAGUUUGUUCCUGAAUGUGAUGAACAUGGGCAUUAUGUACCAAUGCAGUGCCAUCACUCCAGCGGGUACUGCUGGUGUGUGGAUCGAGACGGCAAUGAGAUUGAUGGCACCAGGACCGGCCCUGGAAUGAGACCUCCGUGUCUGAGCACAGUCGCUCCUCCAGUCCACCCUGGACCUUCAGUUCCUCCAGCUGUAAUCCCUCUCCCCCCUGGGACACACUUACUCUUUGCCCAGACUGGGAAAAUAGAGCGUCUCCCACUAGAAGGAAAUAAUAUGAAGAAAACUGAGGCCAAGGCUUUACUUCACGUCCCUGAUAAAGUUAUUAUUGCACUUGCCUUUGACUGUGUGGAUAAGGUGGUUUACUGGACAGACAUCAGUGAGCCUGCCAUUGGGAGAGCCAGCCUUAAUGGUGGGGAGCCAACCACCAUCAUCAAACAAGAUCUUGGAAGUCCAGAAGGACUUGCUCUUGAUCAUCUAGGUCGCAAUAUUUUCUGGACUGAUUCUCACCUGGAUCGAAUAGAAGUAGCAAAGCUCGAUGGCAGUCAGCGCCGAGUGCUGUUUGAGACAGAUCUGGUGAACCCCAGAGGAAUCAUAACGGAUUCUAUUAGAGGAAACCUUUAUUGGACAGACUGGAACAGAGAAAGUCCUAAAAUUGAAACUUCUUACAUGGAUGGCACCAACAGAAGGAUCCUUGUGAAAGACGACCUGGGAUUGCCCAAUGGAUUGACUUUUGAUACUUACAGUUCACUGUUAUGCUGGGUAGAUGCAGGCACCAAUCGGGUGGAAUGCAUGAACCCCAGUCAUCCCGGCCAGCGCAAGAUCCUUGAAGGGCCCCAGUAUCCUUUUGCCGUUACAAGCUAUGGGAAGAAUUUGUAUUACACAGACUGGAAAACGAAUUCCGUAGUGGCAGUGGAUCUCGCUAUCUCCAAAGAGACGGACAGCUUCCAUCCUCACAAACAGACCCGGCUGUAUGGCAUAACAACAGCUUUUUCUCAGUGUCCCCAAGGCCACAACUACUGCACAGUGAAUAAUGGAGGCUGUACUCAUCUCUGCUUGGCUACCCCAGGAAGCAGAUCCUGUCGAUGUCCUGACAACACCCUGGGGGUUGACUGCAUAGAGAGGAAGUAAUGCACUGGAAACAAAGAAAAGAAAGGAAUGCCACUUACAUUUACCACACUUUCGACCACAACACCCUACCUUGACAUGGGCCAGACUGAAAUCAAUCUUUCAGAGCCAAGUUGUAAUUGACCCAGUGACCAACACAACCUGGGGACCUUCAGUGUUCCAUUUGCCACUAAAAAAAAUACAUCCUGUGCUCUCUGUAAUAGGAAAGCCUCAAUCCCUAUACUAGAACUGUAAGGACCCUCUUGGUGGAGGCUCCUGGAGAAAUGCAUGAAGCCCUGCCUCCAUGUUGUCUGGCUUCUUGAGUCUCAGCCUCUUGAUACACAGCCAGCCUGAGCCAACUUGGGAAGAAUUGUGAGGUAGGCUAGGUUCCUUUGUGAUGGCCUACCAUCUCCCUGCCAGGUGCUCUCUUAACCUGUUUCAUUGCCCUCCUCUUCUAGUAUACAUCUUCAACAAAUUCAGUUCUCUCAUGCUGCCAAAGGCUUCCUACUAUAAUGUCUUAUAUAGGCCCUUUUGUUCUACUCUUUACUCUUGGACAAAGAAAACCUUGUGUAUGCUCCUUCCCAUUUCCUGGGAAUUCUACUGUCUGCUGAGGAAUUCUUGUCACCUGUCCCCAGUAAAAUAUUAGCAUUUUAAUGGUGAUGUGAGGUAGAACAGGCCUUAAUCCAAAUGAAUGAAUCUAAAAUAUAUUUUAGGCCAGCACAAGAGACAUUUAGAUGCAAGAGGAUUCUUUGGAUCAUCCCUCAAGCCACACCAACAACUACUCUCUCUAGUGCAUCCAUCCACAUGUACCCCUACCACCAAUAAUCCAGUAUGCCAAGACCAUAGAAUGUAAGAGCUGGAAGGGUUAUUUUGGGUCUAACUUUCUCAUUUUACAUAUGCGCAAACUGAGCUCCAGAGAAGCUACAUAGGCAACAAUUCAUUCCUUGUCUCAACAUUUUAUACAAGUGCUCUAUUCCUGGGUUCCAGAUUUCUCUAACACCAAGGCCAGGAAACGAAUGCUAUGGAGAUCGUUUUCUCCUCCCAUGUCUGGUCCAUUUAGCAGGCUAACCGUCCUCACAGUUAAAAUUCUCCUCAGAUCUGCUUUUCCUCCUAAUUUGAUUUCUUUGAUUUCACGUGCUUUAUCCAGUAUCCUCACUCAUUAUGUGGAUGGUCCUUGUUGGCCUUCUACCUUCUCAUUCUUGAGGGAUGAGUCCUGUCUUCUCAUUUUAGGAGAAAAACUGAAGAAUUAAUGAAGCUUCAGAGGGAGGUAUAUGGCUGUGAGAAGUAGUGGGGAGAGAUAGGAAUGGUCUCUUUCUUAGCAUAUGGUGCUGGGCACAUCCCAGUGGUUUGGACAUCCUAGGAGGCAUUCCAGGAAAUGUGUGGCCAUAACACUUCAAUUCACCAUUUAUUUGGCACCUACUAUAUGCAAAUCUCUGUCAUCAUUGUGCUGUGCAGACAGUAGGUACUUCUUAAACAUAAACCAGAUUGAAUUCCUAGUUUAAAAAACCUAAUUCUUAAUUGUUUAUCGAUGAAGACUUUUUAAAAGGCCCCUUGCCUCUUUUCAUCCCCAGUGCUUAGCAUAGUGCCCAGCACAUAGUAGGCAUUUAAUAAACAUUUAUGGAUUGAUUGUUCCCAUUAAUUUUUUUCUAGGUAUUUUCUGUGAUUGGUUAAAAAUGCUCUUUUAGCUGUUUGAGUGGAUAGCAUGGGAUUUUUAUAUCAUCUGCUCUUUAGAGGCCAGUAGCUAAUGCCACAGUAGAAAUAUGGGUCCAAAGCUACGUUUCUAAAGUUGGGGGUUUUAAUGGUAUAAAGACCAGGGAUAUUAAAGCUGUGGAAUGUAGUGUAGAAGGGAACGUAGUGAUUGAAAAAUAGUUUUAGACAAAAAUAACUGGAGAGGCAAAACAAAUGUUAAUAUUAUCAACAAAGAAAACUCAGUAAGUUCUGAGGUGAAGGGAUCCAUGUGCCAAAGAAUAGUUAGUCUCUGUCUGUCUCUCUCUCUGUCUCUCUGUCUCUCUGUCUCUCUCUCUCUCUCUCUCUGUCUUUCUCUCUCUCUGUCUCUCUUUCUCUGUCUCUCUCUUACACUUUCCCUGGCAAUGUCAUGUAAGAUAAUCAGCUCUCUCUCUCUCUUUCUCUGUCUCUUUCUUAUACUUUCCCUGGCAAUGCCAUGGAAGAUAAUCAGUUAAGUGCCAAAUGAAUAGUAUAGUAAGUUCUGUAGGAGUCCAAAGAGGACAGUGGACUAGAUUGUUCAGAAAAAACUUCAUGGAGCAAGUAGAACUUUCUGUGGGCCAUGAAGGAUGGCCAGAACUUGAAUCAGGGGAAGGGCAUAGGGUUGGAAAUUCAUAGAGUUGGGAACAAGUACAGUGUAUUUGAAAGACAUUCAGCAGAACAGAGUGGGUAAAACAGUGUUUGUAUAAGAAAGAAAUGGGAAGUAACAUUAGAAAGGAAGCUUGGCAUCAGGUUGUAGAGAACCUUGAAUGCCAAGGAAAGGAAUUUGAAUUUUAUCUUAAAGGUAAAGAAGAGCCUUCAAAUUGUUGGGGGGAGGAGUUCUUCCUCUGAACAAGAUAGUGAAAUAAGUCAUUGGUAUUUGAAGGUUAAUCUGGCAGUAGUGUGUAGGGUGGACUUGGAGGGGGAGAGGAACAAGUAUAAGCAGGGAGAAGAAUCAUGGGAUGAUCGCAGUAGCCCAAGCAUGAUGCUAAGCAUCUAGACCAGGGGGAUAUUACUUGUCAGCCUGUUAAGAGAGAUUCCUGUUUAGAUGUGGGUUGGACUAGGUAACCCCUGAUGUCCCUAACAAAGCUAAGAGCUAUAUUCAAAAUUUCUUUAAAAACUGUAUUAGCUGGUAAGGAUUUAUAGUCUGACCCUUUUCAGGGCCAUUUGCAUAUUUUUUUCCAUAGAAGGCUCUUGGAGACAAAGACCUUUAAGACUCAAAGCAAUUAAACUAUGAUGGCAAAACAACAAGUGGUAUUUUCUGUCUUUGGAGAGCUUCAAGCAAAGACAGGAUGACUUUUUUUGAGGAUGAUAUGGUUGAGAUUCAUGCCUCAGGUAGAGCUUGCACUAAGUGAGCUUUGAGGUCCCCUCCAAUCCUGCAAUUCUAUAAUUCAGUGAUUUUUCCUUCCCAAGAAAGGCCUUCCCACACCAUCUCCCCUCUAUGCUCACUCCAGUUUCUAGCCCCCUUCCCCUCUCUCUUUCUAUAUAUCUAUAGAAGAAGAACCUUGGGACCCAGGUGAGGAAAGAACCUUUCCUUACACAUGCUAAAUACAGUUUUAUUUUGUGAUGCAAGUGAUACAUCUCCGAGAAGCACAAAAUUGAGGAACCUUUUGGUCCCUCCAGUAGUGUUGGGGUUGAUUUGAGGCCUAUCCUACAGAUGAGAUUCCUUUUGAUUUAUAUUUAUCAAAACAUAUCCAGCUCUAUAUAAAGUGUUUUUCAUGAUUUUGUAUAACUUUUAUAACUUCAUUUUAUUCACAUUUUAUCAGAUACAUUUUUUUCAAAAAAUUUUAAAAGCUGUCAAUUCUAAAAAAUGUGCAGAACAUUGAAGGUGCUUAAUAACUAUGUUUCCCCAAAGUUAUGCAAUUAUCAGGUGAUUCCCUAAAGUUUACAUCUGUACCACUAAUAGUGCAAAAAAUAAUAAAGUGGUUUUUUUGUAAAAAAAAAAUCUUCUUGUGCUCAGUGGUGUCACCUUUUCUGAAUGAUGAAUUUUACAACCUACAGUUUUCUUAUCACUGGCUGGUUAAUAACUAU